AUGAAUCAGUCUAUCGCCAUCACCUCCACUGCAAAACCAACUCAGAAGUCAUCUUUUGAAAGAGAAGGAUGGUGGAGAAUAGCAUUAACAAACACUCCUAAUCCUGGCACUUACCACUUGAAAACUUUUAUUGAAGAAUCCCUGUUAAAUCCAGUGAUAGCAACCUACAAUUUUAAAAAUGAAGGAAGGAAAAAACCACCUCUUUUGCAAAGAAAUGAUCCGGUGCUGAAUGACCUUCCCCAGUACAUGCCUCCUGACUUCUUGGACUUGUUAAAGAAGCAAGUGGCCACUUACUCAUUUAAGGACAAACCGCGGUCAAGCCCCAGCAUGCUGGUUUACAGAGAUCAGUCAGUUAAGCUUUCACCAGGGCAAUACGAGCUACUUCCUCCACCAGUUCCCAAGCAAGCUUCCAGGAGCUUUGUAUUUCGUUCUACAGUUCAAAGGUUUCCAACAGGCUGCUUCAUUCCUCGUGAAGGCCCAGGACCAGGUCAUUAUGACUUGAAAAUACCUUCGGCAAGUUCUGUUACUUCUUGUUUUCAAUCCAGAGUACCUCGAUUCUUGCCUGCCUGUUCAAAAACCCCGGGCCCAGGAGCAUAUACCGCUUCAGCGCAAUUCCCCAAGCAGCCCCGUACCAUAGCCAAAAUGGGCCGAGAACACAGCCUUUUCUUCAAUAACAAUUGGCUUUUAAAAUAAAUAAACCCCACCUUGGCCCUAAGCAACUCUCGAGUUUUAGUAAGUUCUAUUUUGUCUCCUCUUUAGGAGAGUUUGACCACAGACCACAUUCGAUUGCCUGGCCUGACUGCCCAGCCUACUUAUCUGGAAUAGUUCCAGCAAAAUGUCCAGUUCUCGCUCAGAAGUCUCCCGGUUUGAACAGUAAAUUAUAUGCCUUCUCUGUGUGUUGUCAGAGGCUGUGUCCCCAGAGGCUGUGUCCCUGAACUGUGCUCACAGCACCCGGACAGGCCUUGAGGUGUCAGAUGGGCUCUGUGUGGCCUUGGACUCUCUAGCUGAGUCUCCACUGCCCUGAGGUUGUCAUUCCUCAUGGACUCCUGGAGGCUUCAACAAGGGCCAUCCUGAACUUGACGGGGACCCAAU